UGUUGUUGCCCGCGGCCGCACGUGGUCGGCUGAGUCGGACUCAGAACUGCAUUCCGCGUCCUCUGCACCGGCCGCUUGCCAUCCUGCGCCGUCUGCUCGUUAUGUCCACGUCUACAAGCUGCCCGAUUCCCGGGGGCCGGGAGCGGCCGUCGGACUGCUACAGCACCACGCCGGGGGGCACGCUAUACGCCACCACCCCGGGAGGCACCAGGAUCAUGUACGACCGAAAGUUCCUGCUGGAGUGCAAGAACUCACCCAUUGCCCGGACACCUCCCUGCUGCCUCCCUCAGAUUCCCGGAGUCACAACUCCUCCAACAGCCCCGCCCUGCAAGCUGGAGGAGCUGAAGGAGCAGAAGGAGACAGAGGAAGAGAUACCCGAUGACGCACAGUUUGAAAUGGACAUCUAAUCCAGUGCAGAUGACCUCAUGUAUGGAGUUGUAGAGGGAUCCCUCAAGCCGCUGCUGCCACCACCUCUUCCUAGGGUAUCCAAAGGCCACCUGGCCUCAUCUAAUCUGGAAGGGAGUGACUUGUUGGUUCUGGGCCUCCUUUAGUUCUGAGGCAGCUAGACCAGGGAUAGGAGUGGGCAACUUGCCAAGCCCUUAGUUCUAUCUUCUCUUUGGUCUUUAGCCACUCUUCUCAACCCCCAGUCCUCUCUGAUCAGGGUCU